AUGCUUUCAUUACUUAUACCUGGACCUUUGUCUCCUGGAAAUGCCAUUGAUGUCUAUUUACAACCACUUAUCAAAGACCUCAUCAAUUUGUGGGAGUUUGGCCUAGAAACAUAUGAUGCUUCAACCAAUACAAGGUUUGACAUGCAAGUAGCUUUGGUGGGUACCAUUAGUGAUUUUCCGGGUUAUGCAAUGUGUUCGGGCUGGAGUACGAAAGGAAAAUUUGCUUGCCCUUGUUGUCAUUAUGAGAUAGAUUCUAUGUACUUGAAAUAUAGUCACAAGUAUUGCUAUAUGUGUCAUCGCAAAUGGUUGGAUUCAGACCACCCGUGGCGGUAUAAUAAGAGGAACUUCAAUGGGCAUAUUGAGACAAGAAAUGAACUGGUUCGUUUGACCGGAAGUGAGGUUGAGGAGCUAACACGUGAUUUUCCAAAUGAAUUUGGAAAAAGGAAGCCAAAAGUGAGACAAGAUACUGAUGAUCCCAAUCCAUGGAGGAAGAUUCCCAUUUUUUUCAAGUUACCUUACUGGAAAAAUUGCGAUCUUCGCCAUAGUUUAGAUGUCAUGCAUAUUGAAAAGAAUAUGUUUGAUAAUGUCAUUGGGACAUUGUUAGGCAUUCUUGGAAAAUCAAAAGACCAUAAAUCUGCUCGUCGGGAUUUGAAAUACCUGCGAGAGGAGAAAGACCUUCGAUGGGUGCCGGAGCUUGAGGUUCAAGAAUUAGAAGAUGGAAGUGAAGAGUUUCCGACAUCUAUGUUUUGGAUGAAUGAUGAUGAAAAGAAAUUGUUUUGCCAAACCAUAAAAAAUGCAAAGCUACCACAAGGUUAUGCCUCUAAUAUUUCUCGAUGUGUUCAAGUUGAUGAAAAGAAAAUCAUCGGAUAUAAGAGCCAUGAUGCACAUUUUAUGAUGCAUUAUUUGCUGCUUAUUGCCGCAAAGACAACCCUAAGGGCACAUGUUGCAACUCCAAUAAUUAGGAUGUCAAACUUUUUCAAAGGCAUAUGGAAAAAAUCUAUUGAUCCCAAAGAUCUCGACAAUCUCCAAUCUGAGAUAGUCGAAACUCUCUGUCAAUUUGAGGGGAUUUUCCCACCGGCAUUUUUUGACAUAAUGGUCCAUUUACCGGUUCACCUAGUAGAAGAAAUCAAACUUGGUGGACCAGUUUCAUUAAGAUGCAUGUAUGCAAUUGAGAGGUAUCUUCGGGAAUUAAAGUCAGAUGUAAAAAACAAGGGUCAUCCAGAAGCUUCAAUGGUAGAAAGAUUCUUGGCUAAAGAAUGUGCAAGGUUUGUGGUUCGAUAUUUGAGUAAAUCAAAAGGGAAAUCUAAAGGUCCCAUUGAUCAUCCCAAUCAACCUAGCACCCCACAAGAAUAUCUCCCUAAGCUUGGCUAUCCUAUUAAGGGGAGAGGGAAGACUUCAAAGAAGGAAGGAGGUGGAUUUAUGACUGAUCACAAUUCCUGGAGCCAAGCACAUCAAUAUGUCUUAUUCAAUUGUAAUUGUAAGGAAGUUGAGAGAUACAUUAAUGAGCACAAGGAAGUAGUUAGUAGUCAAAGGAAAAGAAAAUGGGAUACUGCCCAAAGCCAUAGCAAAGAUUUCAAAGACUGGUUUAAGAGACAAUUGCAUUAA